GCGCUGAGCAUCCCGCUGCCCCGGACUCUCCCGCGGGCGCGCACCGGGCUCAACUCAGGCUCAGGACUGCAGGUGGGCAUCUCCACUGCCCAGGAAACACUGAGUGAGCAGACAGGACAGCCUCCUUGGAAAGCGGCCGUAUUGGAGUUCCUCCUCGGCAUGGGCCUUGCCAUUGAGGCAGCUCCGCUGUCUGUACUGAUUUGAGGGUACUGCCCGUCAUGGGGGCAGCCAUCUCCCAGGGGGCCCUCAUCGCCAUCGUCUGCAACGGCCUCGUAGGCUUCUUGCUGCUGCUGCUUUGGGUCAUUCUCUGCUGGGCCUGCCACUCUCGUUCUGCCGACGUUGAUUCUCUUUCUGAAUCCAGUCCUAAUUCCAGCCCUGGCCCCUGUCCUGAGAAGGCACCACCACCCCAGAAGCCUAGCCAUGAAGGCAGCUACCUGCUGCAGCCCUGAAGGCCCUUGACCUACCCUGGAGCCUGGGACCUAAGUCUACCCCACUCAGAUCCUGGAAUCAGGAUUCCAGAGUUCAGCCAGCCUGGGGUCCAGAACUUGGAGUUCAGCUUGUUUACAGCUGGACCCAGAAGCCCAGAGUCUAGCCAGCCUGGCUCCAAGAGAGGCUCUGGUGGCCCUAGAGAGACAGGCCUGGGGUGGGGGUUCAGGAGUUGGUGCUAGGGCCAGGGCCAUCUGAACUCUGCUCCAUCCCAAGGGCCAAGGGCUGGAUUUACCCUUUCGCUAGGCUCAGCACCUUUGGGCCCUCUAGGUUGGGAAAGCAAAUUGGAACCCAUGGCAAUAAUGGGAGGGUGUCCAGGGUGGGCUCCUCCCCUGGUCCUCCCACUGUUUGCUGGAUAAUAAAUGGAACUAUGGCUCUAC